UGCAGCUAUUCGUGAACAGAUUGUCGUUUUAUACUACGAGUGAACAGUUGAAGAAGCUAUUUUCACCUUUUGGCGUUGUUACAGAAGCAAGGCUUGUUAAAGAUCCAAGAACGCAAAGGCCUAAAGGUUUUGGAUUUGUUACCUUUGAGUCAGAAGCAGAUGCCCAGAAUGCAUUGAAUUCCUUGAACGGAAGGAUUGUUGAUGGAAGACUGAUUUUUGUGGAAGUUGCUGAGACUACAGAAGCUGUUGAAAACAAAACAUCCCAAAAAUAAAUUUCUCGUAAUUCAGUGUACACAUUGCUAUUUCAUAUUCCAGAUAAUGGGUGAAUUUUUGGCCAUUUCUCAGUCCUCCAUAGUGUUGCCUAACUUUCGAGUCCAAGCUUGGAGUCAAAGGCAGCUUUUCAUUGCUCAUAGUCAGCCAUUGAGGUCACUUCAUACCUUGACUACCUCUCGCACAGUGUAUCCAGGCUUGUCUGCUGGAUCGAAGCAUUUCUCUUUGGGGGUCAGAGCCAGUGUUGUCUCUGCUGACUCUACAAUGCCAACUACCUUUACUGUUGAUCCAGCUGGGCCAGGAAUCGAUAUUCUGCCAGAGGCAGGUGGUGGUGGUGGAAGUGAUUCUGGGGGUACAAAUGAUGACAGUGGGGGUAGGGGAGAUAGUGGUGGAAAUAAUAAUGAUGGUGGCAAUGAGGGGGGUUCAGAUGAAGGUGAGGAUCAUAACAAUAAAAAGAAAAUGGCCCUCUCUAUGUCCCAAAAAUUGACAUUGGGCUAUGCUUUCUUGGUUGGAGCUGGUGGUUUUAUGGGUUAUCUUAAGAGUGGCAGCACAAAAUCUCUGAUUGCAGGUGGAGUUUCUGCCUCCCUCCUGUACGCUGUUUAUACUAUGCUUCCAACACAACCUGUUUUGGCAUCAGCAAUUGGUUUCGUCCUCUCAGCUGGACUUCUUGGAGUAAUGGGAUCUCGUUUUCUGAAAUCAAAGAAGGUUUUUCCAGCUGGUGUUGUCUCCUGUGUGUCUUUUAUUAUGACUGGUGGUUAUUUGCAUGGAAUAUUGCGCAGUGCGCAUUAGAUUCCCUAAAAUGAGCAAAGUAUUUGUCAACAGACUCAACACAGAUAAUCAUUAGUAUCUACUCUUUUCUGUGGAUUUUAGUUUUGAUAUCUGUUUGAAUUUGGAUUUUGUCAAGUUUUCUAAGUUGUUGAGCUGCUAGAACUCUCUAGUAAAACACUAAUAUUGCAUCAAGGGCACCUUUGUUUACCUUCUUUCUCCGUAGUGAAUUCAUUCUGUUUUUGGUGAA